GGAAUUCUAUGCGUACAGUCUUUGGCAUCAGCCUUGACCAGUUGAACGAACAAACUGACGUUCAACGGACCCUAUGCUGGCUUUGCUGCCCAAUGCAGCGUGCACGCUCUGCUAGAAGUGUCCUGGGCGGCGAAGCCUCCAGCUUCCAACUGCCUGCCAGGUACCACUUCCAAAAGCUUCUUGGGAGCGGCAGCUAUGGUGUGGUUGCAUCCUUCCGUGAUGCAACCGAUGGCAGGGAUGUGGCCAUCAAGCGGAUGCGAAAGGUCUUUGACAAUUUCUUGAUGCUGAGACGAACGUUGAGAGAGAUCAAGUUGAUGCGACACUUUCGACAUCCCAAUCUUUUGCAACUGCAUGAUGUGCUGCUGGUGGAAUCUGGAGGAGAGCUGUACAUUUCAAUGGAGCUCAUGGACUGUGAUCUUGAUCGCUUGGUCAGAGGCCGUGGUGUACCUUUGGAGGAGAGCUUGUGCCGUAGCUACUGUUCGCAGGUGCUGCUGGGACUUCUUCACUUGCACUGUGCCCAUGUGAUCCAUCGAGACUUGAAGCCUGCGAAUAUCUUCAUUCGCCUCAAGGCGCACGAGGCCAAGAUUGGAGACUUGGGCUUGAGCCGCGGGAUUGCAGUGGAUGGCCAGACUGGCGAGGCCAUUCAUCCCAUCGAGGAGCAGCUCACCGAGUAUGUGGUCACGCGCUGGUACCGUGCACCGGAAGUGCUUUUGGCUCGAUCAAAGUACGGGCCGAAAGUGGACGUGUGGUCUGUCGGGUGCAUCCUCUACGAGAUGUGGACUGCAAAGGCACUCUUUCCUGGCAAAAACAGCUUGGACCAGCUCAGCAAAGUCGUUGGAAUCAUGGGCAUGCCUUCUCUAGAGGAGCAGUGGUGGGUUCCGGAGGAGUCGCGACCACUCCUCUUGCGGUGCUCUCCACAGAGCCGAUCCGUGAAGGGCUUGUCAAAGAUGCUGGGACAUCUGGACGGUGAUGGUGCAACGAUGCUGCGUGGACUUCUGGCCUUUGAUCCUUCGCGUCGACUUUCCGUGGAAGCGGCACUGCAGCAUCCAUACCUGGAGGGCUGUUCAAGCACUGCGCAAGUGGAGCGUGCAAAGGUGGUAGAAGCUGCAGAUGUGACUUAUGACCUUCAGUACGAUGGGAUCAGCAAGGGUGGUGAAGCAAACGCCCUGUCCAAGCUGGCACGCAUGUUGCGGCAGGAGGCGGCCUCUCCGCGGGCCAGGCGCUCACUGAGCCGCGAACGGCUCAGCCGUCGAUCUGCGAGGAGGGCCCUGAGCACCGAAAGGGACGAGCGGGAGAGCAUCAACCCUGCCUUGACGGUGGAGGCUGCAAAAGCUGACGACGACGAUGUGGUAAAACUGACCAGCCAAAGGAGCACUGAAAAAAGACCCAAGCCAAGCAAGAGCUAUCAGGCACUUCACAAACAGAAGCAGGAGCAUCAGGAGCUGCAAGAUGGUGCAGUCAUAACAGCUGAUGUGCUGGACUUGCCCCUCGAUACGGACGCGACACCGGAGGUGACUGCGACCUCGGGCGAGACGGAGCGCUUGUUGCUCAAGCGCUCCUCGCUGCCCGCUGCGGCGAUUCCCAGUGCCAGCCACGGGCUGCGGAGCCGGGCGGCAUGGAAAAAGGCGUUGGUGGCGGCUCAGCAUGCUCGGGCGGCGCAGGAUGCCAUACUGAAUGGACAGGGCUCAUCUGAGAGCAGUGCCUUCAAGUCAAAAGCUGAGACAUCGAAUGAGGUCUCCAGGAGAGGCAGUGCUCUCAAAGUCAACCCCACUGCCUCCACCAUGAGUGAAGCUGGACCUCGUCGCGUUGAGGAGGAUGAGGCUGAAAUCUCUCAUCAGCUGAGCAAACUACAAGCGCUCCAAGAAGAGCAAGAAAGAAAGCUUCAACGGUUUCUAGGAGAUGUCCAAGCGCCGGCUGUUGCCCCCUCCCGCUCCGCCGGCGGCUGUUCUUCUCAGGUCUCUGGAACCGGUGAUCGCAUGGAUCGUUCGAACCGGCGAUCCUCUGCGCCGGAGCUCACAGAGCGCGCAGGCUCGCGCGCUGGGCGCGGAGCACGCGGAGCCCUCGCGUCCAAAUUGGAGAUGGCACGGGAUGCACGGGAUGCCGCCAGAUCUGCAGGAGUGCGAGGUUUCGACCGUGAGAGGACGCGAGAGGAGCGCGAGAACGAUGGGAGCAUCAGUGCAAGAGAAGCACCAUCCUCACCGUCUGGCAGUCUCAGGGCUGCUGCCUCUUUGGCCAGCGACCGUGCCGGCUUGGAUGCCGCCGGCAUGCCGCGGCCGAGCCUCUUCGACCAGCUCCUGGAGUCGAGGGACCUGCCUUCCUCGCGGCCGUCGCCCCCGGGGCCGGCCACGACAACGGGGCCGAGCCCGCAGUCGAGGCCGUCGCCCAGGCGUAAAGGCCAGCAACCGCAGCAGAGCCAUUCUGCGACACCCCGGCGAGCCAGUCGGAGGGCAGAUCCCAGUGAUGGCUCGUCCUCGAGAAGACCCGCCUUACCUGGCGAUGUACGCUCUGUCAGCCCGAAGCCAGCCCGGAGGAGAGAUAUGCUUCGCGGGACGCAGUCGUCCCAAAAUAAAGUGACGGCCAGAAGCAAGUCUCCGAAUGCUCAAGGUUUGCGACAGCCUUUGGGCAGCGAAAGCCAGCAGAGCAUAUCUGGCUUGCAAAAGGAGCUGCCAAACACGUCGUGUACCACCCGCCAGAACCCUUUUGAUGCGGCCAAGCUAGCGAGACCGGGCGUGUCAGAGCCCACCGAGCAGGGACCGGCGAAGGUUUCCAGACCCGUUGAGCCCGAGAUCAUCGUUGCCCUGCCAGAGGUUCCAGCUGAGCUGCCAGAUGCUGGCUAUGACUCACCCGACAGCCCACUUCACAGGAGCACUGUGGAGGGACCAAGGAACAUGCUGAAGGUGGAGCAGACAGUUCUUUUUCGUGGUCUGAGAGAUGGAGAUGAUGAGCGCCUUGGAUAUCUGCUUUGGCUAUCCCCUAGAAGUCCAAAGACUUUUUUUGGCGACACCGUGUUUUUGGGUCACCUCGACCUUAAGACCAUUUUAAACUAGUCUUGGACUUCCAGGGGAUCCUAUGUUGACAUGACAAGGAUAUCUACUCCGAAGGCCCCAAUGGUCGCCGUCCCUGCAAGGCUCAACUUCGCUGCUCCGGCAGACAGUCUGCCAGUCCGCUCCAUGUCGAUCCGCGAUUUGAAUCAGCUCCACACUGAUGGAGACCGUCUGGUGAAUCGGUCGUCAGGAUGAGGUGACCUCAUCAGACCUCGGAUUCAAUGGAUCCUGUUAAUGUUGACUUGAUCACGGUCACCCCCUACCUUGGGGGGGUGUAGGAUGAUCGCGCUUGUGGCCACUAGGCUGCGCAGACAAGACAAUGCCCGUGGUGAGUCUCACACACGUAGGGUUUUUCCGACCGGGUUGGGCAUGUCGUAGGUGGGUGGAAAUCUGGGUCAUCCUUUUUCUCAGCCCUC